AUGCCGCUCGUUGUUUUAACCGGAUACCCCUGCUCUGGGCUUUCGUACCGCGCCAAACAGCUCGCGGAGCUGUUCGAAAAGGCUCAAGACGAAUUCUUCGCCUCUUCACCGGAGACGUCGAGAGUCCGCUAUAAGAUUCACAUUGUUGCAUCACAUGACUCAUCAUCGUAUCCGCGCACUGUCUACGAUAAUGCUCGGACGGAGAAGGAGGCUCGUGGUGUUGCCUCGUCGCGGGCCAAGCGGGCGCUGGGUCGAGACAGCAUUGUGAUCCUCGAUGGAAUGAACUAUAUCAAAGGUUUUAGAUACCAGCUGUGGUGUGAUGCCAAGGCAUUAGGAACAGCAUCUUGCACGGUUCACGUUGGUACACCGGUCGACCAGUGCGUUGCGAAUAACGAAGCCCGACUGCAACGAGAUCAACGGAGUAAAGAGGCAGAUGAGACUUGCACAUCAGAACAAAAAGAUCUUGAACCCGCAUACCCUCCCGAGCUUCUCAACAACCUCAUCUUCCGAUACGAGGAACCCAGCAUGCACAGCCGCUGGGACAAGCCUCUAUUCACCGUCCCCUGGGCAGAUGCAGAACCGCCCGUCGGCGAUAUCUGGACGGCACUGACAGGACUACCGCUAUCCUCUACACCUCUCGGGCCCGCCGACGAGAACAGCCUCGUUUCGAAGCUGACAUCCUCCCUUGCAUCGUCAACGCUCACCUCCGACACGGCGAGCACAACCACAACCACGGCGGCUCGGCGACCGGGACUGUCGCGCCCAAAGAUCAAACCACACGUCUCGACCGCCCUCCCCGCAGCCAUCAACUCAGACACACUAUACUCGUAUGAGAAGCGCACGUCUGCCAUCGUGGCGGCCAUCCGCAGCUUCACGCAGGCCCACCCCUCCGCCGAGGCGGCCCUGGCGCAAUCCUCAGACGGAUCGCGCAUCACGAUCCCCGUCUCCGAGGCAUCGGAGCCGGUGGUCGUCCCCGCCCAUGUCGCCAUGAGCACCCCCACAGACGACCUCGCCGGCGCCGGGGGGGUGCUCGCCUUGCCGCGUCUGCAGAGACUGCGAAGACAAUGGAUCGGGCUUAACAGGGCGUAUAUCGGCCAGGCAGGCAAAUCGAACUAUGCUCUCGAUCAAGUGGGCGAUGCAUUUGUACGGUUUUUGAACGCGGAAAUAGACACGACACAUACUUAA